AUGAAGUCGCUCAAGAAGAGCCUCCUCAACCGCACAGGCAGGGACGCGAGUCCGUCGGGCCAGCAGGCGAACGGCAAGGCGCCCACCCAGCAGGGCCAGUCGCAGCCGCAGCCCGCGUCUCAGCAGGGCUCGUCGCUCCACCCCGCGGCGUCGUCUGCGAGUUCCGGUUCCAAGUCGAGCCAGCAGUCAAACCUGUCCGCCCAGCAGCAGCAGUACCAGUCUCAGCAGUCUCAGCAGCAGUCCCAGCAGUACCAGCCCCAGCAGUACCUCCCGCCGCAACAGGCUCCCCACCACCCCGCUCCUCAGCAGCAGGGCAAUCCGGGCUCGUCGGGCUACGCAGGCGGCGCGAGGACUGGCACAGGCUUCGGGGGACAGCGCGAGCAGGGCAAGGGGAUGCAGCAGGCUCCGUCUAUCGUCGUCAGCGGCGACAAUGCCGUCAUGCCGCCCGACCCGCUCCCGCACCCCUCUUCGUCCCCUCAUCACCACAUCCCGGGCGGUCCCCAGCGCACCUCUGCCGUUCCGUUCCCCACCUCGUCUGCACCCAUCGCAACCUCGGUCUCUCCCCCUCCCGGCGCAUCCUCAACCGUCGCGACUGCCAACCUCGCCUCGGUGACAGGCGACGCGAAAGCCGCGCUCGGCGGCGGACCAGGCGUGAUGGCUGGCGGAGGCCUCGGCGGCGGAUUGGCGGCGGCUAACAAGCUCAAGGCUGUCGGAGGUGGACUCGCACAGGGCACGCCCAAGGACACGAUCCCGAUGGCGAGGACACCGAGGAAGCAGCGGAGUUCGAGGGUGCAUGUUGACGAGAAGGUCGAGCUGCAGCGGUUACCCGGUUUCCUCGAGGUCCCCGUCGUCGAGCGCCACGAGCUCUUCCUCCAAAAGCUCCACCAGUGCUCGCACGUUUUCGACUUCAACGAUGCGAGCGCCGAUGUUGGGAGUAAGCAGAUCAAGAGCCAGACGCUCGCAGAGAUGCUCGACUGGAUCACGACGCAGAGGGGCGUCAUCACCGAGAGCGUCUACCCCGAGGUCGUCCACAUGUUCGCCGCCAACCUGUUCCGCUCAAUUCCUCCGCCCGUCAACCCCGUGGGCGAUGCCUUCGACCCAGAGGAGGACGAGCCGGUCCUCGAACUCGCAUGGCCGCACCUCCAGAUCGUCUACGAGUUCUUCCUCCGCUUCGUCGAGAGCCCCGACUUCAACACCAACAUCGCCAAGCGGUACAUCGACCAGCAGUUUGUCCUCCAGCUCCUCGAGCUCUUCGACAGCGAGGACCCGCGCGAGCGCGACUUCCUCAAGACCACCCUGCACCGAAUCUACGGCAAAUUCCUCAACCUCCGCGCUUUCAUCCGCCGCUCGAUCAACAACGUGUUCUACCAGUUCAUCUACGAGACCGAGCGACACAACGGCAUCGCCGAGCUGCUCGAGAUCCUCGGCUCGAUCAUCAACGGCUUCGCCCUCCCGCUCAAGGAGGAGCACAAGGUCUUCCUCACGCGCGUUCUCAUCCCCCUGCACAAGGCGCGCGGUCUCGCCCUGUACCACCCGCAGCUCGCGUACUGCGUCGUCCAGUUCCUCGAGAAGGACGCGAGCUUGACGUGCCAGGUCGUCGAGGGCCUCCUCAAGUACUGGCCCAAGGUCAACUCGCCCAAGGAGGUCAUGUUCCUCAACGAGGUCGAGGAGAUACUCGACGUCAUCGAGCCCGCCGAGUUCCAGAAGAUCAUGGUCAAGCUCUUCUCGCAACUGUCGCGCUGCGUUAGCUCGCAGCACUUCCAGGUCGCUGAACGAGCGCUGUACUACUGGAACAACGAGUACAUCGUCAACCUCAUCGGCGAAAACAUCCAGGACGUCCUGCCCAUCGUCUACCCUUCCCUCCACACCAUCUCGAACGGACACUGGAACCGACAAAUCCAUAACCUCGCCUACAACGCCCUCAAGCUGCUGAUGGACUUGAACGCGGAUGUCUUCGAGCACUGCUCAGCGGAGUACAAGCGGCAACGUCUGGCGGACAAGGAGCGCGAGAAGCAGCGCGAGGAGAAGUGGCGGUCGAUGCGGUCUACGGCGCUGCACAACCGACGGGCAUCGGGCGCGUCGAUCCCGCAGUCGCUGCUCGACGACGACCCCGUCCCACGCGGCGCGUACAAUCCGCUCCAAGACGCGCAGGACCUCGACGACGCCCGCUUCGACGAGAUGGACGAGGAAAUGGGUGUCGGCAUGGGCGUCGGAGGUGGAGGAGGAGGCUACGGGGCUGGUGCGGCGCAGGGUAGCGCGAUCGGCCAGGGAAUGGGCAUGCUCGGGAACGAGGUCGGGAUGGCUGGUCCUUCCGACUUGCGAGGCGGUCCUGGGUCCGAAGGCAGCUUCGAGCACGACGACGGACAUGGAGACCUGCCACCGGAGGGCCACUUCCCCGAGACGUCGCGACGAGCGGUCGGCACCAUGCAGCAGCCGCACGUCCGACGGAAGAGUGUCAUCCCCAUCGACCCGUCUAUCCUCAAGGAACUGCAAGGGCACAAGUCCCUCGAUGAUGCGCCUCUCAUCAACCCGCCUCGCCCCGGCUCUGCAGGUCGCGGUGUUCCGCCCCAGGGUCAGAGGUGA